UGCGCACUGACACUGCGCAGUAGACCUCCAGCUUCCUCCCAUUUUCUCCAUAUGAGUUUCAGCUUCACUGCGCAGAUCUUCUUCACUUUCUCUGCAGCUUCCACACCUCAGGUCCUCUCUACCAAAGACUACAGACAUGUCUACCAAGGUCGCCGUGGUAACAGGCAGUAAUAAGGGCAUCGGGCUGGCCAUUGUCCGAGCGCUCUGUCAGCAGCAUUACAAUGGAGAUGUUUACCUGACUGCCAGAGACAGCGGUCGUGGAGAUGAGGCGGUGAAAUCUCUGGCCGCUGACGGACUGACGGCUAAGUUUCAUCAGCUGGACAUCAACGAUGAGAAAAGCAUCGUCAGCGCCGCCGCCUUCUUCAAGAAGACGUACGGAGGAGUGGACGUCCUCAUCAACGCUGGCAUCGCUUUCAAAGACGCAGACCCCGCUCCCUUCCCAGUCCAGGCCGAAGUGACCCUGAAGACAAACUACUUCGCCACCAGAGACAUGCUGACUCACUUCCUGCCGCUCAUCAAAUCUGGAGGUCGUGUGGUGAACGUCUCCAGCUUCGUCGGCGCUCGCACGUUGAACAAGUGCAGCGCCGCCCUGCAGCAGCGUUUCCGUAGCGAUGACAUCACAGAGGAGGAGCUGACCGGUCUGAUGGAGCAGUUUGUGGAUCUGGCCAAAAAGGGCGAGCAUGAGAAGGGAGGCUGGGCCAACACGGCGUACGGGACGUCCAAAACAGGACUCACGGUCCUGACCAUGAUCCACGCUCGUCGCCUGACGAAGGAGAGACCUCAUGACGGGGUAAUCUCAGAAAUACAACUUUUAUAUAUUUUGAUCAAACAACAGAAGAGUGUUUUUCGUUUUUGGUUUAAUUAGAGGAAAAUGAAUUGCUAUGGCUGCACUGCACGUCAGUUUACUCUUAUUAAACCUCUUUAAUAAUACAAUUAAGAACACAUUUUAAUUAUAGAGCACUAUUUUUUUUAAUCCAUUCUGUGU